GUGCGGGGUCGGGGUCGGGGCCGGGCAUCGCUCCGGGCGAGGAGCACGUAGCUCGGCGCAGUCGGGCUGGGAAUACGGCCCCUGCCUGCUGCAGGGCAGUCUGAGGGGCCUGGAGAACUGGGGGGCGGAGCGGCCGUAGUCGGGUUAGGGGAGGUGAGGGGGCCGGGCCGCAGGGGCCGGGGCACCGUAGCGCUGCAGCUUCUCGCCGAGCCCUCCCUGCCCCGCUGCCCGUGCUGUCGCCUCCUGCCCCACUGCGAAUCGAGGCCACCCGCGCCAGUGGGCUGACGGGCCUGGGCGGCCGUGCCAGGCGCUGGAACACGCUGGACUGCACCGGGGACCUUCCCGGCCUCCGCGGGCCUCGGGCCCCUCGGGCUGCCACUCCUGGUCCUCUGCGAGUGUGCCAGGCCAGCCCCUGCUGUCUGCGGCCCGGCAGGAUCCGAGACCGACCCAUGACACAUCCCUGGACGUGUUCAAGGCUGGGUUGGACAGGUCUUGGAGCAACCUGGUCUACUGGAAGGUGUCCUGCCUGUGGGAGUGAAACUGGAUGAGCUUUAACGUCCUUUCCCACCCAAACUGCUGCAUGAUUCCAUGACCCUGCAGAGCUUCCUGAGAGCUGGGCCGAUAUGCAGGAGCCACUGCUUGAGGGGAUGUGCUUCACCCUCAAGUAUCUGGGCAUGACGCUGGUAGAAAAACCAAAAGGAGAAGACAUGGCUGCUGCUGCCAUCCGCAGGAUCGUGGCCACGGCACGGGUUGGAGCUCGCAAGUUUCAGAAGGUGAUUCUGACAGUGUCUCCAAGGGGCAUCUCACUGCAGGAUGCAGACACUAAGGAGAUGGUGGAAAACAUCUCCAUCUACAGGAUCUCCUACUGCACGACAGACAAGCUGCAGAACAAAGUCUUUGCUUAUGUUGCCCAGAGCCAGGAGAGCGGGGCACUGGAGUGCCAUGCCUUCCUCUCACCCAAGAAGAAGAUUGCCCAGGCUGUGACUCUGACUGUGGCCCAGGCCUUUCAGAUGGCACUGGAUCUCUGGGAAGCAGCACAUGCAGGCUCUAGGCAGGAUCAGCCCCUUCACCCUUCAUGUGUCUUGGAGAGCAGUGAGGCCGGCAGACCCCGUGAGCCAGCCCCCCCAGGGAGCGCUCCCUUCACACACCACUUUGGGGAGGAAGAGGAGGAGGAGGAGGAAGAUGAUAAUGUCAGUGAAACCUUGUCUGGGAGGCCAUGCUUGGGGUAUGAUGGAUGCUGUGUUCUCUUCCAAAGCAGCAUGGAGGAGCUGGGGAGGGGACUCCACAGCCCAGCAGAAUUAACACCUCUUGUGCCCCCAUCGAGCUCUCCUACAGCACAGCUACUGUGCUACCGCCUGGGGCCACCCCCGGACAGCUGGAUGGUGCUGGGAGGGGCUGCAGACUCCCCCAGCACUGGCACCAGGACUGCUGGCCCCAAGACUCCCCUGGGCUAAGCCAAAUCUCUGCAACAAUGGACCAGCCACUCAGGAUUCACCCUGUGCCUGCGCCUGGGCCAGCCAGUGCCUGCCGCUGCCCUGGCACUGCCCUGCUGGCACGGGGGCUGCUGGCACUGCUGCCAUGGAGUGCACAGGCUGCAGCACCUGCUCCCUGCCAUGUGCCGCCUGCAUGAACCGCCUCGAGCUGCAGCUGCUCCCAGCUUGGGCGGGGGGACCUGUGCUCCUCGCUCUGCUCACUGCCAGGCCGUGCAGGGCCACCCUGCGUGCUCUGAGCCUGCCUGAUGCAGGCAGUGUACACCCUCAGGGAGCAACAGCUCUUGGUCUGGAGCAGUGCGUGAUGAAGGCCUUUCCCCUGCAGUUCAGCCCCACACCCUCUCACAAAUGAAAUUACCUGGUUUUUAAAGGAAAGCUCUGCCUUCAGAGUGAAAUAAAUUGAGUUUUUUAUUAUUGUCA